AUGAGUCCGACAUUUAUUCCCGUCGGGGACACGCGAGCUAUUGCAGUCACAAAAGCGAUCCAAACUGGGGACAUUAAGAGCUUAGAAGCCCAGUUGUCUGAGCGAAACGAACUUGUGUCAGCCUACAUUGGCUCUCCCGACGACGCACGAACGCUUCUACAUCUACUAACAGAUUGGCCUGGCCACUUCCCUAACAAUACCGCGAUGGCCAAGAUACUAAUUGAGGCCGGCUGCCAGCUCAACGCACCCUACAUUGGGAAGCUCCAUUCCGAAACGCCACUCCACUGGACGGCUAGCUGCGAUGAUCUCGAAGUCAUGGAUAUACUGCUGGAUGCUGGAGCCGAUAUCAAUGCUGGAGGCGGUAUUAUUGACGACACUCCUCUGGCUGAUGCAAGGGCCUUUUUGCAGCUCAAGUGCGCCCACCGGCUGGUCGAGCGAGGGGCGGAUGUGACGCUGCAAGAUGCCGCUACACUGGGACUCUUGGAUAGAGUCAAGGCAAUGUUUGCUGGGGUUUCGAGGCCAAGCGAGCAAGACGCCAACUGUGCGUUUUGGAACGCUUGCCAUGGCAGUCAACUUGAGACAGCACAGUUUAUCCACAGCCAAGGUGCAGAUAUCAACUUUGUCCCUCCCUGGGGAGAAGAUACAGCAUUAUGCGAAGCCAGGAAUCAAAAGGCCGAGGAUCUGAUAAAGUGGUUGGAGAGUCUGGGAGCGAUAGGCAAGGUCAACUUGACCGGUUCCUGA